GAUCUUGCUAAAAAAAAUUCAAUACUGAUUUAGGCUGCAGGGCACCUGCUCAGCUCCUAUCUUGAACGGGGCGGUGCCACUGAUAGCCCUUCCUAUCGCCAGCCAGGACCAUGGUAGCCACCGCUCGCAUCACUCGCACCGUCAUUCAUCUCGAACCCACACAUAAAAUCUGCAACAUUUUAACUUCACCCCGCGCAGCUCCAGCCACCUGCCAUUAUCGAACAUGGACGGGGAUAGCUUUACCCACGAUGACAGGGCUAUCAUGAAUCACACAGAUAUUGAUGUGUUCAUGUCGGACGACGACUUUGUGGUCGAAGAAGAAACACCGUCAGAUGCGCGAAGUCUGGAAGGCCUGCCGAGUGAGCUCAUCGGCAUGAUCGCUGAUUAUCUUGACGGGGAAAAUCUGAGCACACUACAAGCACUCGGCAGUCGGACUAUAUUACAGGCCAUUGAUCAUGCUCUUACCGAGGCGAACUUUUCCAGUCGAAGAUGUCAAACCACCAAGACAAGUGUCGAACGUCUCGAGGCCCUGUCCCAUUCACGGUUUGCCAACCGAAUUCGCAUAAUUGAAAUAUACUCCCUGUUGGAAUGUCGGUCACCGAAUAGCCUCCGAUACGGUGUAAAUAUGGACACAACGACAGCGCCUUGCAUUGAGACCAUGCUCAGCGAAUCUGACGUGCGGAACUUGUUCAGCGGUAUCCUACGCCGUACACCGAAUCUGAAGAGUGUCACGUUUCGCGCACCUCUCGCGCUGGGUGGAAUGGCUGACCACUUGCGCUACGCCCUAAAUUCAACAUCCAAUCCUUUGCCAAUCGAGGAUAUGGGGUUCCACCCCCGCAAUUCGACCCCCCAUUCCCCAGAGCACACCCAUAUCAUCCAUGCGCUCUCCAUAUACAGGGUCAUGCAGGCUCUGGUGGACACCAUACGAUCUGCGCCACAGCAGCUUGAAGGCUUCAGGGUUGUAGGGUUCGGGGCCUCGCAGUGGCAGACAGCGCUACUGGGUAGUCCAAAGUCGCUCUUUGAGGCGAUUUCACCUGCUUUACGUGGCUUGACGUCAUUGAACCUGGAACUGGACAUGGCAACCUUCAGGACGGAUACGCACGUGUUGGCCCUCGUCAAGCUCAUCAAGGGCAAUGCCAAUCUCGAAGCAUUGGCUUUGUCUGUGGGCGCUGAGGAUGUCAGAACUUAUCGGAUCCGCAACGAGAGUUGGGCACCUCUGCUCCAGUUACUGGGUGGCAGUCCUCCGUUCCGCCUACGUUCGCUCCAAUUCAACGGACUCGUUACGAGCACUACUGCACCUACACUCGCGAGUAUCAUCAACGUACACUCCUCUUCGAUCCGUCGCAUUGUCCUCGAUAAUACGAACUUCCACUACCCGAACACCCUCCGCGCUUUCUUCAUCGCUUGCGCUAAUUCGACCAUACGCUACUACAAGGCCGAGAACUUCUGGCUUCAUGAGAGGGCUUUGGUGGUAAGCAGCCAACUUGCCUAUGAUGUUUCCGAGGACGAAGACGCAAAACUGCACGAAGAUAUCAAUACUAACCACUGUGAGUCUGAUGCGCCCUGCCACGGCUGGGUAUACGUGAGUUGGGAAAAGGUCAAACACGAGGACGGUUGGACGGUAGUCUUUAAAAACGAAGACGGGCGGAAAGGGCGUAACUACAUGUACGAUGCCUUCAUGAACGGUGUGAUGCUGAUCAAGGACGGCGUGUUGGUUGACUCUUGACGCACUAACCCAUUCGAAGGGGAAAGCUAGACAAUUGUCUUGAUGAAAUACAAGUAUGAGAAGAAGAAAAUUUAGAUGGCUACAUCAGCU